AUGGAAUUGCCUAUAGGUCAGGUGGAGGUUAUUGAUCAGAAUGGUGUUCUAUUAUGUUUUACAAACUCUAUUGAAAUUUUUAUUUACUUUUGUGACUAUACACAUUAUCCCACGGAGUUGAACAAUAUCAAAUUGAUAUCGAUCUUGCCUUCAAAAUUACCCGUACAACACGCUGUUAUUCUUAAAUAUAUUGAUAAUAACCUGUCAUAUGAUGAUGUGAAAAUGGAUAUUGAAGAAAAAUGGAAAACUGUUUACGCAAUCGAAGAAACGUUGGGCACUCAGAUAGAAAAAGGAGUGUUAAAAGGUCAUCAACUAAUUGCGGACACACUAGCUAACUUUUAUGAAAAACGCUUAGUACAUGAUCCAAGAAUAUCGGCGCAUGUAGAAGCGGUUGAAGCCUAUAAAAGCGUUUCGUAUACACCUAAUAUUCCAUUAGAAAAGAUUCCUAUGAAAGAGGUGGAAGAAACAUGGUUAAAGAUACAAAAAAGGAAAUCAUACGAUUAUGAAGGUACAUCUGCGUUUAUCUUAAAACAACAACCGGUAAAAUCUGAUCAUCAAGAUUAUAAAAAAUUAAAUGUUGCUGUUGAUAGUAAUGACGAACAUGAUGUCUAUGAAGAUAGUUUAAACCCGGAGGAACAACAUGGUGUGGGUAGUUCGGCAAAUUUUCAUAUUCAUGAAGCUGAUCAACGGUAUUUAACUCAUUUUCAAAGACAAAAAGGAAGUUAUUUCUUAGAAGCCAAUUUGGCUAGUGGCUAG